CAUGCGCAUUUGUGAAAGUUUUGACUUAGUCCGUGCGGCCUUUGUCUACGAUUUAAAAAUCAGAAAAAUGACAGAAGUUGAUUCCGAUCAUGGCUUCAGAGAAAACGAGGGAGCUGGGGAUAGCGUGGAUUCAGUGGAAUCUGGUAAGGCAGUGAAUGGUGAUGAUGGCAUUUUAAACCACGUUGACCAAAAUAAGCAGAAUGGUUUUCCAGAGGAAGUGAAGGCAGGAGAACACAAGCAGGAUGGUGCCUCAAGCAAGAGCAAAGAACAUCGCGACAAAGAUCGUGACCACAAACACAGCUCGAGCUCUGACAAGCACAAAUCCAGCAGUAGCUCUGAUAAACACAAGCACAGCUCGAGCAGUUCCAAACACCAUUCCUCCUCCAGUUCUAGCAAACACCGUGAUGGGCAUUCAAGUUCAAGCUCGUCGCACAAACACGGCUCAAGCUCUUCAUCUAGUAAACACAGAGAAGGACACUCAAGUUCCAGUAAGGAUAAGCACAGCUCUAGCGGACAUAGCAGCAGCAAAGAUAAAGAAGGUGAUAAGGAUAAACACAGAAGCUCUGAGAAACACAGCUCAUCCUCAUCAGAUAAACACAAGCAUAGCUCUAGCUCAAGCAGUAAACAUUCCUCGGACAAACCUCGUGAUAAGGAGGGAGAGAAUGAUAAACAUAACAGCAGCAGCAAGAAGGAGAAUCUUGAUUCUGAUAAGGAGAAGGAGAGAAGAGAGAGAAAAGAAAAGGAGAGGCAAGAAAGGAAGGAAAGGGAAAGAAAAGAAAGAAAGGAAAAGGAGAGGCAAGAAAGAAAAGAGAAGGAACAAAAGGAAAGAGAAAGCCAAGAUAAGGAAUCUCUGAGUGUGAAAAAAGAGCCAAUAUCCCCUGUCAAAGAAAAAUCAUCACCUGUUAAACCAAAAAUUGAACCAGAAAGUGAAGAUGAAGAUGAUAUUCCUCUUUCUGCAAGACUCAAGCAAGAAACAGAUGAUAUCAAACCAGUUAAGCGAGAAAAAGAUCUUAAACCAGUGAAGCGAGAAAGGGUUGAAUCUGAUGAUGAUGAUGAAGACGUGCCACUGUCAGCCAGAAUGGCCCAAGUAAAGAAAGUUAAGAAAGAAAAGCCGACACCAACAAAACCCUCGCCGCCCUCAGGCAAGAAACGCAAGGCUGAGCCCCAGGACUCUGAUGAGGAUGAGAAACCAUUAAAGAAAAAGAAGUCAAAGACUGCUGCCAAGACGACCACACCCACGUCGUCCCCUACUAAGAAGAAGAAAGGGGCCAAGGAGGAGCCCCAGGAGGUGUGGAAGUGGUGGGAGGAGGAGAAGGCAGAAGGCGGGGUCAAGUGGACAUUCCUGGAACACAAGGGGCCUGUUUUUGCCCCCAAAUAUGAGCCUCUUCCUGAUGAAAUCAAAUUUUACUAUGAUGGCAAGGUGAUGAGGCUGAGCGAAGAGACAGAGGAGGUGGCUACAUUCUACGCUAAGAUGUUGGACCACGAUUACACUACCAAGGAGGUCUUCAACAAUAACUUCUUUAAGGACUGGAGAAAGGUGAUGACCCCUGAAGAGAAAAAGAAGAUCAAAGACCUGAAGAAAUGCAACUUCCGUGACAUGUGCGAAUACUUCAAGAAGGAGUCGGAGAAGAGAAAGAACAGGUCCAAGGAAGAGAAACUGAAACUCAAGGAGGAGAAUGCAGCUAAACAGGAGGAGUACGGGUUCUGUAUCAUGGACGGCCAUAGAGAGAAGAUCGGCAACUUCCGCAUUGAGCCUCCCAGUCUGUUCAGGGGGCGCGGUGAGCACCCAAAACAGGGCAUGCUGAAACGCAGGGUGCAGCCUGAAGAUGUCAUCAUCAACUGCAGCAAGGAUUCCAAGAUACCAGAACCACUGAGAGGACACAAGUGGAAAAGGGUCCAGCAUGACAACGAGGUCACAUGGCUAGCCAGCUGGACAGAGAACAUCCAGGGCCAGAUCAAGUACAUGAUGUUGAAUCCAUCGUCAAGACUCAAGGGCGAGAUGGACUGGCAGAAGUAUGAGACCGCGCGGUGUCUGCACAAAUGUGUGGACAAGAUUCGAGCCAACUACCAGGAGGACUGGACGUCCAAUGAGAUGAGGGUCCGACAGCGCGCCGUUGCCAUGUACUUGAUUGAUAAGCUUGCACUGAGAGCAGGUAAUGAGAAAGAGGAGGGAGAGACUGCGGACACAGUGGGCUGCUGUAGCUUGCGCGUGGAGCACAUCAGCCUGCACAAUGAGAAAGACGGCAAAUCAAAUGUGGUAGAGUUUGACUUCUUAGGUAAGGAUUGCAUCCGAUACCAGAACGCGGUGCCAGUAGAGGAGCAGGUCUUCAAAAACCUGCAGAUGUUCAUGGAGAACAAGGCACCUGGCGACGACCUCUUUGAUAGGCUCAAUACGACCAUUCUGAACAAGCACCUGCAAGAGCUGAUGGAGGGACUGACUGCCAAGGUGAUCCGUACGUACAACGCCUCCCGUACCCUUCAGGAACAGCUUGACCUUAUGACCAAUGAUGAUGAUGCUAUGCCUGCCAAGAUGCUGUCCUACAACCGGGCCAAUUGGGCUGUUGCCAUCCUGUGUAACCAUCAACGUGCGGCACCCAAGAACUUCAGCAAACAGAUGGAAAACUUGAUGUCCAAAAUCAAGGACAAGCGUGGUCAGGUGAAGGAGGCCAAGAAACAACUGAAGGAAGCCAAGGCAGCUUUCAAGUCUGAGAAGACACAGAAAAACAAAAUGGUCUACGAGAAAAAGAAGAUGGCAUACAAGCGUCUAGAGGAGCAGUUGACAAAGCUUGAGGUACAGGCCACAAACAAGGAAGAGAACAAGGAGAUAGCCCUUGGCACCUCCAAGCUCAACUACCUCGACCCAAGGAUCUCCGUUGCAUGGUGCAAGAAGUGGGAGGUGCCCAUAGAAAAGGUGUACAACAAAACUCAGAGAGAGAAGUUCAGAUGGGCAAUAGACAUGGCAACUGCAGACUUCAGAUUUUAACGCUGGUUUUAACUAGGGAAUUAAAUUAACUUUCAUUUUGUAUCUGUUUUUCAUGUGUUUUUUUCAAGCCAGCAUUAUUUGUUACUGUGGUUUGAAAACUGAAGUAAUCACAUUAUCUCAAGAUGUUAACCCGUGUGUACUUUUCUGAUCAACCUUUUUAUGAGAGCUUUGUGAUGUUUUCUUUUCAAAAAACAAUCAUGGACAAUGCCGUAGAUCUUUCAAACAUCUGUGGUAUUAAAAUGUUAAUUUAUUUUUUGUAUUACAUAGCAUGUAUUUGUAGUAAUGCAUAUGCUUGCUUACAGAUAUUGUAACUGAAUUGUAAUUGUAAAAAUAAAACGCUUCACUUAAUAUAUAAUUAACUAUUAUACCUUUUUUAAACAAAUCGGUCUGUUAAGGCAGAAAAAUAAACAUGUUGGUGCAAAAAUUCAUGUAACAAUGAACUGUAAGUGUUGAUUGUAGAUAUCUGUACACUUUAUGCCAUAUGUAAGUACAUGUACUAAGGAAAUGUAUUUUGUAUUGCAAAUUCAUUGAACUAAUUUAUAUUGAAUUCAUUUAAAUCUAUGUGUUAUUGUAUAUUUUAUUUAAUUAUUUAUUGAUGGAAUGCAUUAACUAUCCUUCAAACAUGUUUGUAACUCACAGCGCUUGUAUAAGCUUUAAAAUAUUGUUAUUUAACAUAGACAAUUAACUAUUUUUGAUGUAGUUUGUCUACUGUAGACUUUUUAAGUCUACAUCUUCAAUGAUCUCUUGUCCAUUUAUAAGUCCUGUAUAACAUGAUCUUCUGUUUUAUUGAGUAUGCUAUUGCUGUACCUAAACGUGUUGGCUCUUCAAUAAAGUACUGAUAUUUGUGUUGUUAAUAAUUACCAUACCAGGGAAUAUAUAUUUAUGCCAUUGUUCAAUAAUUUUAAGGUAAAACAUUUUUUCAAAAUCAUUAAUCAUACGUUUCAUUCAUUCAUCAUUAAAAAUCAUGAACAAUUCAUUCAUCAUAUUGUAUGUCAUGAACAAUUAAUUCAUUAUUCAAUCAUAUUAUUUUUAUGCAUUUUAAUUGUUGACGUUUUAGAUGUCUUGUAAAUAUGGUCAUGUAUCACACUUUUGCGUUUAGGUUUCGAAAAAUGCUCAUAACUUCUAUGUCGCUUCAGAUGUAACCUUCAUAUUUGGUAUGCAUGAGUAUAUGGACAAGGCCUUUCCAUACGCAAACAAAUUCGACCCCUUUGACCUUUACCUUGAACUUAGGGUCCGCGUUAGGUUUUGAAAUCUGCGUUUAGGUUUCGAAAAAGCUUUUUUCAGGGGUAUACCGGUAUGUCUUCCAAUGGAGACAGCUCUUGUUCAAAGACUUGCUCUGUCUAGAAAUCUCUGUCAAAAGUUUAUAAAAUUGCUGCAACAUAUCCAUUUUUAAGGGUGCAACCUAAAAUCUUCCAUUGUUGGUCUGCAUUGUGACAUGAUUGAUGUCAAAUAUUUUUGUAUUUUAUUAUAACUCAAUGAUACAGUUGACAAAUGAAUUGGGUAUUCUCAAAGUACAGAUGUGCUGAUCAUUUAUGAAUGAAUUCUUUCACUGUUAUAACUGCAUUUGUUGUAUGUGUUCAUCUUAAGUGAAAUGCGUGUAUUGCAUGCCUGCAUGGAAGUAUGUUAAAUGUUGGGUAAGUAUGUUGGAGACUGAGGUUAUUGUUUACCAUACAGGAACACAAUACUGUUAGCACGUGUUUAACAAAAUGCUGUAAGAUUUUAUUUAAAGGGUUGUUUUAAAAUUAUUAAAUAAUCAUGAUUAAAUAAAAUGUUCUAUUUACGUUUUUUUUGCAAAGUUUAUUUACUAUUUGUAUUUGCAAGAGUUGUGGUUAUUGUACUUUCUCAGUUGGAUAGAUUGUACUCUGUGUGAAAAAUACUUAAGAAAUUCCAAGGUUUGAAAGUUUAUAGCUCAUUCACGCAUUUCCAAAAUUUGAAUGGUUGGUUAGUAUGCCCCCAGUAUCUACAGAUCGGCUAGUCCAUUCAUUUUCCUGUCCAUCAAUAUGACAAUAACCCAAAAUAACAUCUAAUUCUUCCUACAUAGAUCUGGUUCUUUAAUUGUUGUCUUGGAACUUUUACAACACACCCACAUCUCCUGAACUCAUUUUUUACCGUGACAUUGACCUACUUUUGGACUAAUCCAGGUCUAGAAUUUCUUGCUUAACCCUAAUGAUGCUAUUGUCUUAUAUCGAUAUCGCAGUCUACAAAGCUUUGAUAGUCCUAUGGGUGUUAUCUGCAAACAAUCUAAACACACCCACAUCAUCUGACAUUAUUUUGACCUUUAAAUUGAUCUACUUUUGGACUUUAUCAAAAGGGACUGACAAAUCAAUAAUGGCCAGGCUUUAACUGAGAGCAUUGGGGUUUAUUGAACCCAUCAUUUUGUUUUAUAUGUAUGAUUAAGUGUCAUAAGAUCAAGUGACAAAUACAAGAAAUUAAACAA